UUUUCUACUUUUUCCCAACUUUCUCUAAACUUUCUAUGAGGAAAAAAUAUAUAAAAAAGGAAAAUCUCAAGGAUUAGAGGCUAUUAAAGAAAAGGCAGCCCAGAAAGACUGAAGGAAAGGAACAAUCAGAAUAAUCAGCUAAUAAUAAGCAAAUGAGCAUAACUUUACCAAUGAAGUUGUUGUUGCCUUUAACAACUCCAACCAGAAUUCCAUCUUCUUCUUAUUACACAUCUUUUCUCUCUUCUGCAAACCCUAGUUUUACUUUCUCCUCUUUUUCUCAUCACUCAUGUACUUUCAGAAGAAACCCACAUUUUUUCUCCAAGAAAAAGUGGAUUUGUGCGCAUACAAGAAGAGAUCAAGAGAUGGAUGGCUAUAGAUAUGAAGAGGAGAAUGCAGUUUGCUUAGUUAGUUCUGAUGAAGAUACUGGGAUGCAGAUUCCUACACAAGUCCAAUCUAUUGUGGAAGGAUCAGGGGCAGUUACGGUUUCAAAGUUGAAACCGGUUCCUGAUGUAGAUUAUUUGCAGGAGCUAUUAGCAAUUCAGCAACAAGGGCCUAGAUCUAUUGGGUUUUUUGGAACUCGGAAUAUGGGAUUUAUGCACCAAGAGCUCAUUGAGAUUCUUAGUUAUGCAUUAGUUAUAACUAAAAACCAUAUUUUCACAUCAGGUGCAUCAGGUACUAAUGCAGCUGUCAUCAGAGGUGCUUUAAGAGCAGAGAAACCAGAGUUGCUUACAGUAAUAUUGCCACAGAGCUUGAAGAAACAACCUCCUGAGAGUCAGGAAUUGUUGGAAAAGCAGAUUCUAUUGAAAAUUCAUGACCAGUUUCUUGUAACCAAAGAGGCUAUGCUGUUAGCUCAUUUUGCUCAAGCUGUAACAUGUUCAGUUCUUAUGUUGAGGGUUACUGAUGGGAUACUGCUGGUCAAUCACUGAAAGUUAUAAAUCGAGCUGCUGUUGGUGUCAUUCUAAAACAGUCUUAUACUGGGUUGAAUUAUUGCACUCUCAGUGGCCAGUGUGGAAUGUGGCUUGUGGCCACAGUUCAUUUCUCGAGUAUUUAGUCUGACUGUUUUUCUCCAGUCCUAGGCUUUUGUAUCGAGCACCAUGUAAUAAAUUAUUAUUGUAUGCAAUAUUGAAAACUUUAGUUCUUUAGGGUCAUUAGUGUUCAAAAUUUUUAUUGGACAAGUUCAUUUUAUGAUAUUGGCUUAGGUGAUGGGGCAUAGAUGCUAAACAAAAUUUUAAGUUGCUUUUGCCCAGAUUUUAUUGCUUUAUAGAAGAUUGUGGCCACCAUGCUCCAAACCCUGGGAGCCAGUGGUUGUAAUGAAGAGUUUCAAUGCCUUCUGUACAGUUAGAUCGUUAAACAUUAUUAAUUGGAUGUUUCAAACAUGUGCUACUGAAGAUCUCAAAUUAAUUGUGAAGGUGAAA